UUCUAACCCUAACCUAAAAAUCCCUUUAAAAUAUGUAAACAAGUGUUUAGUUUUGUUUAUUUUAUAAUUUUAUAUUUUAAUUUGACUUCCAAGUUCCAAUUCCAAUAAUACAUGUAUUUAUUAUUGUGAAAUGCAAUACUAAACAAUAUAAUUAUUGUUAUUAUGCUGUACUGAUAUUUGAGAAGGCUGUGAAUUGUAAACCGCAAAUUGUUGAAAUGUUGCUCACUAGAAUAUUGAAACCAUUGAGCAGAAGAGUAGUGUUUGGCACUAGGAAGUUCCCUAGAUUUUUUUGCUUGGGAGAAAAGGAAGAUUUUUCAGAUGAGCUUAAAGAACUGAUAACAUCUGAUGAGGAGUAUAACAAAUUAGCUGAUCACUACUUUCAAAUAAAACAAGCUCAUCGCUGCUUAGUUAUUCAACCAUAUGUAAAAUGGGGCCGUAACAAACUUAACAUUACCCCUGAUGAACAACUCUCAGAAGCUAUUGCUCUGAUAAAUACGUUACCAGCAUGGACAGUAGAAGACACUUUAGCAGUGCCCCUAGACACUCUGGACAGAAAAGCACUACUUAAAAGUGGAUCGAUGGAGAAAAUAAGAAAUCUUGUACAAAAAAAUAGUAAUUUUAGUGCAAUAUUCAUUAAUUCGGGUUCUUUGAAAAAAGUUACGAUUAAUAUACUACAGGAGAAUUUCCAAAGGCCUAUUUUUGACAGAUAUAAUAUUGUUAUGCAAAUCUUGAAGGCUCAUGCUACUAGUAAACAUGCAAAGUUACAGGUAGCAUUGGCUGAACUAUACUAUGUACGAAGAAAAUCAGAAAAAGAUUUAUUUUUUAGGACGUACGACCCUGAAACUUUAAGACUGAUGUUUCAAGAAAGAGAACAGAAACUAAAAAUUGAAAUAAAAAAUAUUAGAAAUCAGAGGAAUAUCUUGAGAAAUAAAAGACAAAAAAUGGAUUAUCCAGUAGUUGCAGUUGUGGGAUAUACUAAUGCGGGGAAGACUUCUAUAAUAAAAUCGCUAACAGGCGAAGAAAGUUUAAAGCCCAAAAACCAGCUUUUUGCCACAUUAGAUGUUACAGUACAUAAAGGAACACUACCGUCAGGUUUAGAAGUGCUUUAUAUAGAUACUGUUGGAUUUAUUUCAGAUAUCCCAACAAAUCUUAUUGAAUGUUUUGUUGCCACUCUAGAAGACGCCUUAUUAGCUGAUGUUAUUCUUCAUGUAGAAGAUAUUUCAUCAAAAAGUUAUGAAUAUAAAAGAAAUCAUGUAUUUCAGACGCUUGAACGGCUACAGAUACAGGCAGAGUCAAAAAACGUUCUUGGUAAAGUAAUAGGCAUUGGCAAUAAAUGUGAUUUGGUGGUUGAUCAAAUUGAUCAAAAAGCUGACGUACUUUUGGUAUCUGCUGAAAAAGGCCAGGGUUUGGAAGAGCUCAAACACCAAUUAGAGAGUUUCAUACUCCACAUAACUGGCAGAAAGAAAAUUACAAUAAGGACUUCAAACGGAGGUGAUGGAAUUCGAUGGCUCUAUAGAAACGCCACAGUCUUAGAAGAAAUUCCUGACCAAGAUAAUUUGCAAUAUGUGUUUGUUAGAGUUAUAAUUACUGCAGCUAAUUUAGAUAAAUUCAAACAUCAUUUUAUUUAGUUAAAUGAAAAAUUACUUUUGCUGCAGUCUUAAUAGAAUCACUUUACAUUCUAGGUGUAUUCGUAAUAUACUAUGUUAAUUGUUUUGUGAAAAAAUUGAUAGUUUUUUUAUACAUUUUUUUCUGGGUACAAUUAUUGUUAUUGAAGUAACUUGAAUGUCAAAAAGGGAUAAAUAAAGAAUCCUAGAUAGAUAUUCGCUUCCUUCUCAGCUACCUACCUACUGUUAUUAUUUAUAAUAUACAUAUAUUAAUUAUAAUUAUAUUUAGGUAACAAUUUCAUUAUCC